AUGGCGUCGCUACCGUCGCUCAGCACAAACUAUUCGACAGCAAUCAAGCUCAUUGACGAAGCUCACGCCCGAGAUCCCAACAAGACCACGGCGCCAGAUGGCUCAGGCGAGGUGCCGUAUGAGCUCCACUAUGCCCAAAAGAUGACGCGCUGGCUCGCCCAACGGUGCCCGGACGCUUCUCCUGCGCUGCAAGUUGCUUGCAGGGCACAGCAUUUCAGACGCUGGGAGCUUCCACGAAGCAGCUACCCCAUGACCAGGCCUGGAUAUCUCGCUUGGAGGACAAAGCAGAAGACCCAGGCUGCCGCCCAGGUCAAGGAACUGCUCCUAUCCAUGGACGAGCCGCCCCCAGAGGCGGACGUCGAGCGGAUAUCGGCCCUGAUCAGCAAGAAGGACCUGGCCACCAACGAGGAGACACAGGUGCUGGAGGACGUGGCGUGCCUGGUGUUCCUCGAUGACCAGCUUGAUGGCUUUGAGUCGAAGCCUGACAACGACGAGGACAAGGUCGUAAGCAUCCUGCGCAAGACGUGGAAGAAGAUGAGCCCCAGGGGCCGUGAGAUGGCGCUGCAGAUGAAGCACAGCGACCGGGCGACAUCUUUGCUGCAGAGAGCUUUGAAGGAUGAUGACGAGUAG